UCGGGUUUUGAUAUUUCGUUAUCUUUCGCGGUCAGCGUUACAGAUCGGAACGAAUUCGAGAUGGAUGAUUAAAUUAUUUAUACAAAUCCGAGGAAUUAUCGACGAUAGCGAUCGCUUGGUCCGCCAAGUUCUCGUUAGAAUUUUCGUCGGUUUUCUCGGUUUGAAAAUUAUUAUUCGGCGUUCCCGCGAUGCGUGGGUAAAAGUAGUAUAGAGAGACGCGGCGUCGAGUGCGGUGCAGGAGGAAAGCCGUCUCUCCGGAGAGAAAGAGACGACAAGUGGGGGUGCUGCCAGACGGCAGUAGUGCGGGUACAGCAGACACCGGGGGAAUGGGGAGAUCGUAUAAAUACAAGCGAGUCGGACGGCGAACGCUUAGUAGGUUGUAUCUUAUCGACGGUAGUCGCGUUUGCGUCGGUGUCGUUCGCUCGGUUUUGUAUCAUACACACGAAAAAGAAAAAGAGAAAAAAAAAGAGAAUUACGUCACGGUAACUACGGUCAAACAAAUGGUGCAUCGUUCGAAAACAAUGGAAACGGGAAACAACCGCGAUCAGAAAUAUGAAAACAACGAUUGAAAGGGUCGGCGCGCAAACGAACUGCGGGCGCGGGACGUUCUUCGAGUGUCGAUGAAAAAAUGAAGUCCGACGCUCCACCGAAAGGGAUGAAUAUCGGAACUUGAACUUGCGGUUGUUUGCUUUACGCGGUGAUACGGUCCAUUGGAAGUGUGCGCGAUACACGUUACAUAUACAUACACGUUAAAUACACGGGUGUGUUGACCCCCCUUCGUGAGAGUGAAACCGCUUCCGUUGCUCGGUCGGUCCGGUUGGUUCUUCUCGAUACAGGAGCGAUACGCGACGUGAGGAGUGUUUGAAAAAAAAAAAGCCGUAAGUAGAAGGAGAAGGGAAAAAGAAGAGGCUGGAAUUUAAAAGAGAAUAAGCCUAUCCGAUGUGAAAGUGGUGCGCGCCUGGAUAUACGGGAUGUGUUAACAAAAAUCUAUAUAUGUAUGUAUAAUACGAGUGCGAAGGAGGCUCGAUGUGUGAUACCCUACUAAAUAUCGUAUGUUUCAUACACGACAUUAGAAUGCGGUUGCUCCGAUACGUGGACGACUGCAAUUAUACGGCGACGAAUACCGAACUGCGUUAGAAUCUUGUUUCCGUACGUACGUUAAAUAUUAUUGUAUUACCGUGCGCGAGGAACGUACAGUGUCUAGUUGCCACCGUGUGUAUAUAUAUAUACCGCGCGUCGUUUAUCACGUGGAAAAAGUUGCAGAGGUGCACCAAGAGCGCGUUGGUAUAUAAGUUGAGAAAACAUAUUCCUCGAGACGGAGAAGUAAUAAAGGCGCGCUCGCUCCGUUGGAUCGUAAUUUUGCGCUCAGGCUUCGCGCACGGCUCUCGUCGUCACCGAUGACCGGCCUACCGCGUCCGUAGAAUUGAGAAAAAAAGAUUCCCGCUUUUUAACGGAAAAUACGCGUUAAGGAAAUAAGUACGUCGCGGAGUACGAGGCGAAGAAGCGAAAAGUUUGUCGCUCGAAGACGUACGCGGCAGGAUGACGAUUACCCGGAGAGUAGUCGGACGUCGUUGUUGAAGCGAAGUUGAACUUUGCAAUCUUUGCGAUCAUCCGAAUAUCCGACGAUCGAGAUAACCGAAGAGAUGGAGGGUACGAUGUACAUAACCGAACCGUUGCAAAACAAUAAUCGAUCGUCGAUAAAAUUCGGUUCGGCCGAUUCCAUUCCUUCGUUGACGGAGCGCAAGUCGCUAGUGAUCGGCGAAGAGAUUCCCGACAAGAUGACGAUUUUAAAAACUGAGGAAUCUCCGAUCCCGUCCAAUGACGCACCGGUGAUUAAUCCGAUCCGCGAAAUUCCCGUGCCUCCGGUACGCGCCCGACGUCACAGCGUUCUAGACGAUUUGAGAGCGCGAAGAGACAGCCUCUUCCAACGGGCCCGAAGAUCCAGCAUCUUCGAGGACAAGGAAAACCCGAAACCCGAGUUCAUAUGCAAGGAGGAGAAACGGAGGAGCAGCGACGAGGGUCGCAGAGGUUCCAUUUUCUACGUUUCCGAGGAUCUCCUCGAAGAGAAUCCGAAGACCAAAGAAGAUUUCGAGGAGGUCAAACGCGCCUCUUCGCCCACCGACGUCAGGGACCAAAAGGGAAGACGCAGGUCCUGGCAUCCUCUGGCGAAACCGCCGAAAUUAGACCGGAAACGAAGAAAAGGUGUGCCCAACAACACGCCUCAAGUCGGAAGUGCCGACGGUAUUUACGUCAGGCAAAAGAGACCCUCGUGGUGGAACAUCUUCGCACCGGAAUCCAGCAUCAGGUCGCGGCGCAUGUCCCAGGACGUCACGCAUACCAGAUCAACAGAGAACUUGUCGGCCCAUUUCAGGAGCAAAAGCCGGAGCGUUGACCAUGGAUUUGCCGCACCUUUCGAUCUGGAUUCUUUGCGCAGCAAGGUCGAAGGUCGUUUCGAAUCGGUCGACAAACUCUCCAAAGAUUCCGAUUCUGAGAGCAAAGAUGAGACGGGCUCGCAGGAGAAAAAGCACAGCCGAGUGUCGCAGCAAAUUGAAACGAUCCCCUAUACGGUGAGUGACAGAGACACGCUGACGUCCGUGGCGGCUCGAUUUGAUACCACGCCAUCGGAGCUCACAAAAUUGAAUAGAUUGGGCAGCACCUUUGUUUACCCGGGACAGCAACUGCGUGUUCCUGCCAAGGGUGAGGGACGCGAAAGAAGCAGCGUGGGAGCAAUCGCAUCCGAUUCGCCCAGCCCUGAUCCAAACUUCGAUCAUGAAUCGCACGACGAUCUACCACCCGAGGAAAAAGAACUUCUGGACAACUUGCGCCCUGUAUCCCCAAAACCUGGUCAUAUGGAAAGAUUGAAAACACCGGUAGGAACUGCCAGCGUAGCUGGAGAAGACGAUGAGCAACCUUUCAAGGAACGCUUUCUAAGAAUCAAUGUUCGCCAUAUAACGGAUGGACAGGGAGUUGUAGGUGGUGUUCUGCUGGUUACUCCAAAUGCCGUAAUGUUUGAUCCAAAUGUCUCUGAUCCGCUGGUAAUCGAACACAGUGCAGAAUCUUACGGAGUGAUAGCUCCGAUGGAAUUUAUUGUAAAUGCUGCGAUUUACUACGACAUUGCUCAUAUGCGAGUGGGUCACACAGAUUCGAAUUCAAGUGAUAAGAAACCUGAGAUAUACUACAUGAAAAAAACAGAUGACAACCGUGGUCAUCUGUCGCCGGGAAAAGAUGAGAAUUUUCCUGAACUGGCAGUUGAUGACAGUGAGAGUGUCUGCAGUUGCGCUGAAAGGGACGGAGAUGCUUUUCCGAAAGCCUUUGAAAGGGAACUUGUCACUCCGACCAAUUUGCAGAGUGAUGAUGGGAAUAAUUCUACCAAAGACAAAGAGAAAGAAAAAAAAACUGACAAGGAAGAAGAUAGCAAAGAGGUCACGACUAUUGCUACUACCCAGGGAACCAGGACCUUAGAAGAACGCAGGCGUUCUAUGCUCGAUCAUCACUGGGCCGUCCCUAGCAAAGAUAGAUCCUGUUCACUUUCUGUCGAUGAUGAACAACAGGAUCCAGCAGUGGGUGGAAGCAUCGAAAAGGGUGAACAGCAGUUGAAACCCUAUGCGAUCCCUGAGGAAGAGGCAUCUCUAGUCAAAAUGUCGUGCCAUGACUCAGGCAUCGACAUCCGUGAUCCAAACCCACCAACAUUACCGCCAAUACCCAUUGUACAGCCAAUAGCAUCAAAAAAAGUAUACUCAGAUGCUGAUAUUGUACUUUCCUCGGACUGGGUGCCACCUAUAACCAUAGCUCCCACCAAUGUGUCACUCACACCCACGGAUAGCCUCUCCGCUAUUAAUGGCAGGAAAAAGGCUAGCUCAGUGUCAUUUAGCCUGGACAGCAAUGCUGAGGAAACCGAAAAAGAAGAUGACCGUAGAGAAGAUGACAAGCAGGAGACCCGUAAAAAUAAGAUGCUGAAGCGGCUUUCUUACCCCCUAUCUUGGAUGGAAGGUUUGACGGGGGACAAGGAGGAAGAGGGAGGCAAGUCUGGUAGCGAGAAAGUGUCGAGUGUACCCGGUAGUGCAGAUGCUCAUCACUCGAGCGUAUUUAGCAAAGUUUUUUCGAGCUCGCCGAUCAACCUGGUGAGCGACUUUAGCUCUGGCCUCUUCGCCAAGACUCCCAGCGAGGAAAGUGGCUUUGGAAGGGGGGGAGCUACCCCUCCUCUUUCAGCCUCAUCCCUUUCCCACUUCCAAGACAACGGCAACUCAACGUCGCAGUUCUCCCCUGCAGGUUCGGGAGGUUUUGCGGGACGCUCGUCAGUCGGUACUUUUAUCAGACAGCAACCUCUCACCUCAUCUGGAAGUAGCAGUAUGGAUAGUAGUCGUGGAAGCAAAACUUCAACAGCACCUCCUAGACUCGAUUACCGCAGCAUGGUUUCCGUGGAUGACAUGCCAGAGCUUUUUGUCAGCUUUGACAUCCAAGCACCUAAUUUCCCCGAACUCGAAGGCCUCGAAUUGAUCCCGCGGCCGGCCCGAUCCUGCGAUGAUCCCCCGCUCUACCUUCGCCUUCGUACCGGACGGCCAAAAGACAAAAGGAUACCAAGAUCAACCCCGAUAAUGAGCUACGGAAAGAAAAAACUUCGUCCCGAGUACUGGUUCAGCGUCCCGAGGAAUCGAGUCGAUGAUCUCUACCGAUUCAUAAGCGCUUGGGUACCGGCCCUUUACGGAGAACUGGAUGAGAAUCUGUGGAGGGAACGAGGCUACAUAUUGUCGGACACUGACACCGAUCUGUCCCCGGAACUUUCACCCGAAUUAUCACCUCUUCAAGAUCGCGAUCCCGCCGCCCUCGCGGAGGCUGGGAAAUCCGGUGCAGCCGACGGUGAUGAUAUAUCCGAACUGACACGUGAAUCAUGGGAGUUGAUCAAGGCCCCCUACGCAAAGCUGUACAACAUCCUGAAGACGUCCAGCGCAUCAGCUGAUUCGGAGCUCCAGGUUCAGGACACCGAGGUGCUGUCGAUGAGCGAGGAGCUCAGGCGAGCCUUGUAUGCCACCAAUGCUACAUCACUCGAUACAGAAGUGAUAGUACCGGAUCUAGUUGGCAAUACAGAAAUACUAGGCGAUGAACACAGGGAGCAUUUGUGCCGUCAUUUACCUGCGAGAGCUGAAGGCUAUCUUUGGACGCUUGUUUUCAGCACCAGCCAACAUGGAUUCAGUUUGAAUAGCAUGUACCGUAAAAUGCACAGGCUCGAAAGCCCCAUAUUGUUGGUCAUAGAGGAUACCGGAGGAAAUGUCUUCGGCGCUCUGACCUCCUGCUCCCUGCACGUCAGUGACCAUUUUUAUGGCACAGGUGAAUCACUGCUGUUCCGGUUUACACCAAAGUUCCAAGCUUUCAAUUGGACUGGAGAUAACCUUUACUUCAUAAAAGGAAACAACGAGAGUCUUGCCAUUGGGGCUGGAGAUGGAAAGUUUGGGCUCUGGUUGGACGGUGACCUAUACCAGGGUAGAACGCAAUCGUGCAGUACGUACGGUAACGAACCCCUCGCACCGCACGAAGACUUUGUCGUCAAGACGCUCGAGUGCUGGGCCUUUGUGUAGGAUACACUUUUACCGAUCACCCCCUUGCCUUGAAACCGCUCGUUGCGGUCGGACCUUAAUUGAGCUUUGCCGUUACGUACCUACCUACUUACACCAAGGUUGAGAAAAAGCUAUCGAACGAGAAUUACCAGGACACAGGAGCGAAGAUAUAAAUAGGUAACAGUGCUUUACCGUGUAACGACGAUACACCAAUAUAACAACGAUAGAACAGGGAUCCUUCUGUAGAAAAUGAAACGAAAAAAACAUACAAAUUGAGUCAAUGAUCCCAUUGAUGCAUUAUUACCGAACGACAAUAAGUCUGAUCCAACGAAAUUCGUCGUCGUCGUCGUCAUCGUCGUUGUUGUAUGGUCGAUGUUGUUGGUGUUGCUGUUCCCCAGUUCCUGUAUCUCUAAAUAUGUUUGACAGGGAUACGAUCAAGGAGUAGAUUUCCAUAGACGUAUCAAUUACGAGAAUAGAACAGAGGCCAAACAAGUUUGAUGUAUAGGAUAUCCGCUAAGUUGCUAAUUACCAAACGAAAUACUAUGUUGCGUUGUCUAACUGUUAAUUAUUUUUUUAAAAAUCAAAUAAUCCUAAACUGUAUUUAUUUUAUUUUUUACCAUUACUUUAAAUUAAUCAUUCAAAUAAAUAGCUGUUGCAUAUCAAUACAUAUUACUCGUCUAUCCGGAGUAUCCGGUGAUAGAGCCUGCGAUGUGAUAGUAACACCAUGAUUAUUAAGGGGGGUAUUCAAGUUUUAAGUAUAAUCAGUAAUUGUUUGAAUUACCAAACAUACAUAGUGUUGUCUAUCCGAUGUUUAUUGUCUGUUCUCACGCUGAACUUUUUUUUAGCUUCGAUACUCCAUAUUGAAAUCCGACGAAAUGUUAUGCGGAAGAUAGGUGUAUGCAUAUAAACGGAAAGAUAAGAAAUAAACAAACAAACAAACAUAACGCUAUGGUAUAUUAACCGUUUGUUCAUGUGUAGAUAGUGUAGAUAAAGUGUGGAGCUGUAAAGAUGAUAGAGAAAUGAAGAUGAGUCAUAGUAUAGAAAAAAAAAAGGAAGUUUGAAAAGAUUUAAACAAUUAAUUGGGAAAUGUGAGGCUAGAGAAAAAUUGAGGGAGGGAGAGAGAAAGAGAUAGAUAUAUUAUGUGUGUAUAUAACAGUAUAUGCAUAUAUUAUAUAUAUACCUUGCAUACAUAGAUAUGUAUAUGUUGUUGUAUUAAACGACGAUGCUGUAUGUAUAUCAACGUUAAAGUUAACAUUAACAAUUAAUGUCAAGAAAUUAUAUACUGAUGUAACGAUUUAGGCAAUACACGUAGAAUGCUGUUGAUGAUGAUCUAACGCAUCCAGAAUGAUGUGCGUAGCCUGCGUAGAGAUCUAUAGUAUGUAUGAUACAUAGCACAUCGGGUUGUCGGCCGUAUAUUGUGUACAUUUGAGUACGUAAAUACUACAACGUAAAUGAACUUGAGAGAGAAAAUAAGAAGAAUAAACAAUAUACAUGGAAAAAAGAAUUUCACGAAAAAGGAGAUAAUGAUAACAAAACGUCGUUAUUUUUAUCGCAAAAAACCCCGGUUCGAACCGUAAGAUUAUCGUUACAGUUCAAUAAAUAAAAAUCUCAAUGAAAACAGAAAAUGAUGAAAACCUGCACGUUCUCACUAUCGUUUUUAUCCUUGUUCCUUCGUUUAAGUUUCGGAUGUUUUUUUUUUUUUUUUUCUUUUUUCAUCUUUUUACGGAGCAUCUAUCAUACGAGCUUUCAAAAUCCUAAACCUGUGAACAGCAAUUUUAUUCUGAAGAAAAAAAAAAUUGAGAUCAAUGCAAGAGAAUAUUCACUGUAAAUUUUGAAGGGGUUUGAUAAUCGGGGUGGACGCCCGUUUUUAACACCGCUAGUUUCUUGCUGUUAGACAUUUAUUAUUGUAUAUGUGUAAAAGUUGUAUGAAAUAAAUGAUUUAGAUAUUGCA